AUGACGUCAGAGUUGCAAAGUGUGGAUAAGUGUCUGAAAAGAAAGCGCUUCAAACAAACUGUCACGGUCGAGUCUCAUCGACUGGAAAAUCCUAUUCGUAUCUAUCUAUCUCAGCCUAUUCAAAUCUAUCUAUCUUUCUAUCUAUCUCAGUCUGUUCAUAUAUAUCUAUCUAUCUCAGUCUGUUCAUAUCUAUCUAUCUAUCUAUCUAUCUAUCUAUCUAUCUAUCUAUCUCAGCCUAUUCAUAUCUAUCAAUCUGUCUCAACCUAUUCAUAUCUAUCUAUCUAUCUAUCUAUCUAUCUAUCUAUCUAUCUAUCUAUCUAUCUAUCUCAUCCUGCUCAUAUCUAUCUAUCUCAACCUGUUCAUUAUCUAUCUAUCUAUCUAUCUAUCUAUCUAUCUAUCUAUCUAUCUAUCUAUCUUUGUAUUUUUCUUUUCUCCCUCUCUCUCUCCCCGACUCACUAUCUAUCUAUCUAUCUAUCUAUCUAUCUAUCCUUUGCUCCUGUUUGUAUUUUGUUUACAUUAUCUGUCAAAAGAGAGCGGUUUGCGUCUUUUGUCUCUUUUACUCUAACCAACGACAAAGACAAAACAACAAAUACAAAACUCGGAAAGGUUAUUCCCCUCCGAGACAAUCGGACGCUCCUUACCAAGUUGCGAGAGACGUCGCGACUUUUUGCCGCCCUUUGA